AAUAGGAAAACUCAGCUCCAAAAAUUCGAUUUGUUUACAUGCGUGAGUGUCGGAGCAACCCACCAACAAAGUAAAUAAAAUUGAUUAAGGUGUUAUUGAUAAUCCUCAACUGUUUAAUUUGGUUUGUGUUUUACUGAGCUUCAUUUGUUUAAUUAACUAUGAACCCUUCAGAGCCACGUAACACUGAAACUCUGAGUUCAAAAAUGAUGGAUGUUAUUGAUGUCCUGGCAAUGCAAAGAGAAAAGAGGAGCACCCUCCAGAAAAGCAUAACAAUGGAUUACACGAGUUCAAACGACAGUUUCACUGUUGCCAGAUUUAUAUUCGAAUGUGGAAUAAAACUGGAAGCACAUCCUCUGACAGUUGCAACAGCAGCUACUUUGUACCACAGAUUCAUGAGGGAAGCCACACCAAAAGCUUACGACCAUUACCUGAUAGCAGCCACAUGCCUGUAUCUCGCAGCUAAAAUUAAGGACGACCACCUGAAGAUCAGAGACGUGAUGAAUGUAGCAUCGAAUACUCUCCAUCGAGGGUCACAGCCCCUGGAGCUUGGGGAUCAAUACUGGAGUAUUAGAGACGCAAUUGUUCAGGCCGAGCUGCUCAUCAUGAGGAUGUUGAAGUUCCAAGUGAAUCCUAUUCAUCCUCACAAGUACCUGCUGCACUAUUUGAGAUCUCUCCAAGCUUGGUUCGGUGAGGAUGAGUGGUCCAAAUACCCUGUUGCCAAAACCAGCAUGGCUCUGCUCCAGGAUUUCCACCACAUUCCAGCAAUCCUCGAUUACCCACCGAAUUUAAUAGCAAUUGCCUGCAUUAAUUUAACUCUACAGAUUUAUGGAGUUGUUGUACCACUCAUGGACGAGUGUGAUCAGUUACCAUGGUUCAAUGUGUUUUGCAAGGAACUUACACGAGAAAAAUUAUGGGAAAUCAUGGAGAAGAUAAUGAGUUCUUACGACCAGGAGCCAGAGACUCGCGACGCCCUAUGAACCCCAAUGAAAAAUUAUUUAAGACUGAAAAACGUCUGAAUUUUACGAAUUUACGAGUUGAAAACGUCUCAAGCACAAUUUUGAUAUCAACUAAUCAAUAAAGAAAGCAUCAAUGUGUCAUCUUCA